ACAGAAUAAAAUAUAAUCCAUCCAUCGGUAAAUGAAAUCCCAAUGGUUCAACGCAGUUGUUUUGUAAUUUGUAUUGUACAACAACAGAAACAAAAUUGUCGAAUUGAUUCGAUUUGAAUGAAUUGCUUUGUGAUGAAAUCACAUUUUCUAGAUUGUGUUAUUGCUUUCAUGUUUUUAAAUUAAUUUAGUUCUCGCUGUGAUAUCAAAAACAACAUGCACUCAUAUUACUUAAUUUUUACCUAAAAUGAGUGACGCCGAAGUGUCGGAAAGCAAAUGUGUUGACUUCGAUCCAAUUUUGCCCGAUACGGGUGUUUUGUUUUAUGAGGAAUGCCCGUCAGACUACGAGAUUGAAAAGCCUAGAUUACUACCACUAAAGACUAAUACGCAAGUACGAUUUGAGCAGCUACAACACGAAGCAGCGAGAGUGUGGCGCGAGAAGCAGAAAACUGCGAAGAAAAACUAAAUAACCCAGGACUGUCAACAUGUAUUCAUUAUUCGUGAUAGAGUUGAUAGCCGCCUUUAUUUUGGCGGCGACGCUGCUGUACAGAUAUGGGGAUUGUUAUAGGAAUCACAUAAUAGUGACCGUGUCGGUUCUAAUAGCAUGGUACUUCUCGUUUGUUAUAAUGUUUAUCUUGCCAUUGGAUAUAACUUAUACUAUCCAAAGAUCUCAAGAAAAUGUGACACAACUCGGCAAUGAAUCCACUACCCUAGCUCCACCACUCAUCGACCCUGACCAGCAGUCUUGGAAGAACAUAUUCCCCAACCUCUGGAGAGUGGUGUACUGGACUUCACAAUGUUUAACUUGGCUAAUAAUGCCAAUGAUGCAAUCAUACAGCAAGGCCGGUGACUUCACAGUUAAAGGCAAACUUAAGUCGGCUCUCGUGGACAAUGCCAUAUACUACGGGUCAUACCUGUUCAUUUGCGGCAUCCUCCUCAUUUACAUAGCUCUGAAGCCGGAUGUGCAUCUUGACGGACCUAAAAUAAAGGCUAUAGCGUCCUCAGCAAGUAACACAUGGGGUCUGUUCCUUCUGAUCCUGCUACUCGGGUACGCUCUGGUGGAAGUGCCCAGGAACCUAUGGAACAACUCCAAGAAGAACUACACCCUGACAUACACGUACUUCAAGAUUGCCAAGCUUAGCACUGACAAAUGUGAAGCGGAGGAGACUGUCGAUGAAAUAUUGGAUUCUCUAAACUCGGUGAAUUCCGCGGUCGGUUCCGGCCACCCGCUACAACGUCACGUGGAAACCAUCAUACUGAAGUUGCCAGUCCAACUGAGAGAUAGGCUAAACUCGAGGCAACCUUCAGAAAGGUCUACACCGCCAUCUAUGAGCUCACUCGUGAACCUUCAUAAAAAAACGAUCAAAGCUCUCCACGUGCUACAACGCACUGAGACCCAAUGGGGUUUGAUGUUGGAAAGGGUGUUCCACUUGGAGGACGUGGCUUCGAACCUGCGCUCGCCGGACCCUCGGUUCCAGCACUCGUUCCACACGCCGCGCCCGAGGCUGCAGAGGAUACUGUACCCCCCCAUGGUUGAAUGGUACUGGGAAUGCUUCCUGAAGCCGUACUUCCUGAAAAGCAUGGCGGUCGUGACCUGCAUAAUGUCGGUGGCUGUGGUGUGGUCAGAACUGACCUUCUUCUGCAAGAAACCAGUGCUGUCGAUAUUCGCCAAUAUUGUCAUAGCGGCGAAGUACAACUGCAAUUACGCGGCUAUUGUGACGAUAUCAACCAUCAUUAUUGCAUACAUGUUCUACUGCGCAUACUCCACCGUGCUCAAGAUUCGUCUUCUAAAUCUUUACUACUUAGCGCCUCAUCAUCAGACUAACGAAUAUAGUCUCAUAUUCUCCGGGAUGUUAGUCUGCAGGCUCACACCGGCUAUGUGUCUAAACUUCUUAAGUCUUAUACAUAUGGACUCUCAUGUCAUUAAAGAAAGAAUCAUGGAGACUUAUUAUACUCAGAUAAUGGGCCAUAUGGACGUGCUGGGCAUAAUAGCUGAGGGCUUCAACAUCUACUUCCCGAUGCUGGUGGUGCUGCUGUGCCUCGCCACGUGGCUGUCGCUCGGCAGCCGGCUGCUGUCGCUGUGCGGCUUCCAGCAGUUCGUGGGCGACGACGAGCUCGCCGCCGACCUCGUGGACGAGGGCCGGGAGAUCGUCAAGAGAGAGAAACGUAAACGCCAACGCGCCGAAGAGGCGCUGUCGCGCCGUCGCGAUUAUAACGAGCGGUUCGCCAGCUACCGCGCUCGGGACAAACAGGACGGAGCCCACACGGGCCUUUUGAACGACGUCGACUCAGAUUACUACGUCACCCCGAGUCCUGAAAGAAGCGCCAGUGGGGGGUACCAGCGAACGGAGGGGUAUAACAGGUCCAAUUUGACGCUCGAAGACGAAAUGGACCAGCGCUUUGGGGAGAGCACAUUACCGACUAUUAGGCCGGAUAGGAAUAAGAUGACGAUGCCGCCGAGAGGUAUCUUCGAUGAUGUUUAAGCUGCAAUGUAAAUUGUGUGCCUGAAAUUAAGAUAAAAUACACCCAGAGCCAACGAAGGCCGAACGAACUUUGAGACAAAUUCGUUAGCUCUUAGAGUCUUCUGCGAUAUUUGUUGUAUGUUUUCUAACAUCAAACAAAAAAUUUAUACACAUUCUGUAUGAUGUUUAAUGUGAAUAUAGGCGUUGGCGUACGCUAAACCGCCCAAACACGCCCAAAGAAAGUCAGCGAACCUUAUUCGUUGGCCUUAGUUGGCCCUGUGUGUGCGCAGCGCAUGCCGAAGACCGGACAAGGUGGAGUGAAAUGUCGGAAAGCUGAAGCUGGGCCUAGAACCGAAGCGGCCAUAUUUUAUUGCCUCUCACCAAAUAUGAUUCAAUUCUGCGUAACACAAAUGAUUAAUAGAAUUUAGUGCAAUUUUGAAUACUUAAAUAACUCACCUGCGCUUAAUUAUGUGGAAAAAGCCAAGUUAAUUAAGUUGCCUUAAAUGCGAGAUAUCCCUAGAAAUUUUAUUUGUGUAAUUUGUACAAGGCAUUUUACCAUGGCACUACCAGUUGCUUUGAAUUAUAUACUAUAGGAAAAUACUAAUAGUGCUACAGUCAACGUGAAUUGUAAACUCAUCAUAAUACUACUAUUUGAAAGAUUUCUUGUAAGAUUUUUAUCUUUUAGGGGAACGUAACAUUCAUAAUAUUUUCCCGGAAAUUAAUGCUCGUUUUCACCAACGAUUCCUAAGUUUAAAGAGUCACCUAAGCAGCAUUUAGGGUUUGACAAAAUUUCAAAUUUCUAACAUCCUACUUACUAUUAUAAAGGCAAAAGUUUGUAUGGAUGUAUGGAUGUUUGUUACUCUUUCACGCAAAAACUUCUGAACCGAUUACCAUGAAAUUUGGUAUGUAGGUAGCUGAAGACCCAGAAUAACACAUAGGCUACUUUUUAUCCCAGAGUUCCCGCGGGAUUGAUAGGGUUUCCAUGCGGACGAAGUCGCGGGCGGCCUCUAGUCUUUUUAUAAUUGUAUAUGAAACUGUAACCAUAGAUUAUGUUUACGCUUGCGAAUGUUAUUCUUCCUGACAGUUGACACAUGGUUCAGUGGAUUGAAAUUAACAUCAGAAGAUUACGAUAUGUAACUAACUUCUCUUCGUCAUAGAGAUGACAUCGCCGUUCUGAUAUUGGAUUUUAUUAAUUUUGCUCAAAAAUAAAUCUAUUAAACAAUCUUAAGAUAUUGUAUAGAUCCAGAAAAGUGAAAUGAAGAAACGGUUAUUUAUGUUUUGGUUCUUGAAAAAAAAGUGUAGUGUCGUAAAUUUACGUGACCCCUUAAAUUUUCCCUUAAACUGUUUUGAACAUUAUUUGUCACUUUGAAAGAUAAAGGUAUUUACUAAUCGUCACUUACACCUAGCGUGAAAAAAUAUAGUUAGGUAAUAAAUACUUAGUUAAGGACUUGAGUUGGGACUCGUUGGUAAAAACGGGCACCAGUAUCCCUAAGAUAACGCCAUUUUGUUCUAAUAUAAUAAUCACGCAUAAAUAUUUCUUGUGACACUAUUAUACGUAACCAUUUUAAAUGUUAUUAUUGUUAUUUAAGGUUGUCCGGCAUUAAGUUUUAUCGAUCUUAAUAUUUUUUAUAUCUAAAAGCUACUUUUUAACCGACUUCAAAAAAGAAGGAGGCUCUCGAUUUGAUGGCGUUGUUCAAUAGGCAGAUAAAAUAUUACAUACAUAUAAUCACGUCUAUAGCCUUUGCAAGGUAGACAGAGCCAACAAACAGUCUUGAGAUGGAGAUGAACGACGAAGAUUGGGAUGAUUCGAUGAACGAGAUGGGUGGUUCUAUUCUUUUUUUUAAUUGGUGCCGGGAACCACACGGCACAGAUAAAAUAUUUCAGAUUAAUUGCAAUAGGGCUAAAGAAGAGAGCAUUGUCUAUUAUAUUUUUUCGCUACUGCUUCAUUAUUUUUGUUUUUGGUCGUAUGCGACUUAUCUAUCACAAAACAUUUAUCUGCCUAUUGAAAAACUAGCUUCUAUUAACAUAAUUUUAAAUAUAAUAGAUGUGUUAGUGAACUAGAUUUGAUAGCUGUUUUAGAUAAUAAUAACUUAUAGAUAUCAUAGUCACGAGAGGCCUUUGUAGCGUUCAGGGCCCUUUAGUUCAUUUAUUAAUUUAACAAAUAGGUAACUAUAUGAAGUAAUAUUAUAAAGAAUUGUAAAUAAGCCAAGUGUAUGACUGUGUAUAUUUAAUGUGUUAUUUUGUACAAAAUGCUUCGUCCGUUAUGUUUAAGUAUUGUAUAUUGUAAGCUUUGUAUGUUUUUUUUGUAUAUUACCUGCCAUGCAGUUAUCAAAAAAUAAAUGGCGGGUUUUCAUUUAGAUUGUAAUAUAAUGUAAUAUUCAGUAAGACGGUGUAAAGUGUAAUUUUAAAUAGAGCUUAUAUUAAAUUAUUUGUAGAAGUGCGAAACUAUCACGGUCAAUUGUUUAGUAUCGAUAACAAUUAUUAAAUUAAUGGGAGCAUUAUACUUUAGAGGCACAUAUGAGUAUAUUUAAUAAAAUCAUUGCGACAACUAAGAAUUUGCACCAAAAAUGAUUGGGCUAGAAAAGUACAAAUAUACAGACAAUAUCGACGAAAAGUCUCAACAAUGUAACUUAGUACUCCGUUUAGCUUUCGCACGAAAAGACAAAAAAAUAAGCAAAUUCGUUAGCAUUCUUGAAGCUACAAAAUUAACUAAUUGUCCCUUCUAGCCUGAAUAUAAAAAUUUUCUAACAAAAUUCAUACUUUUAAUUAUUCGCUUUCUUUAGCAUUAAAUAUUAUACUAUUUAUAUAAUGGGUUUGGUGUCGGGCAUAAUAUUUAAUGUUAGCUAAUAUUAUUUAAAUAAUUAAUAUAUUAUGCAAGUGUUAUAAUUGUUUCAUUCCAUAAGAUUUAUUUGAUGCGAUUGCAUUAAACGGAUGUGAUAUAA